GGAAGAGAAAGAUACAUUAUACCAGGAUGAAGGAUAGAAAAUAUAGUCAAUACACGUGUUAGAAGUAGUAGUAACAGGAAAAUCAACAAGAGAACACAAGAAAGAGUUAGAAAGAUUAAGGACUUUGUACAUUUCAAAAGACACAAGAAAAUUCAAGUUCAAAUCAGCACACAACACAAGAUGAGGAGAGAGAGAAGAAUACUUACAGAUACUCUGGUCAUCGACUAAAUCAAAAAUCAUCUUUUUAACGAUCAUCGGUGUGACUGGAACAAAUUACCAGAAUCUGAUUUGUUUUUCUUCCCAUCAUUUAAAAGCGCUCUAUCUCAACAUGUCUUGCAGUAAAGUACACCCAUAUUUCUAGUCAAUCCAUACCCGUGCUAAGUUUUCUUCGUGUAAUUUUUUAUUUUCUUCUUUAAUUUGUUUUCAUUUGUUUACUUGAUCUGUCUCGGUCCAUUACUCUACUUUCUUUUGUCUAAUUGUUAUUACUCUUUUAUUGGCUUGAGUCAUUGUUAUUACAGAUCGGGGACCUUUCAUGACUCUCACUUUUCGUGAUGAAUACAUACAUAAUAAUACUAAAAAAGUAUCAUCAUCAAUCUUUGAUUUAAUGACUCACUCUCAUUACUUAAUGAGAAUUAGGAUCAAUGUGAUAUCUCUAUUUCGUCCUAAAAAUUCAGAGGAACCUCGACUCUUCUGAGGUACUUAUCAUAAGAAUAGAACAGAAAAAAAGGAAACCAAAAAUAACAAAUAUAUCUCACGCAUUUAUGGAUUGUUCGAUCUAGACCACAAAUAAAUAGGAUUUUAUAAUUAGCGUCUGAUUUUAAACAAAGGAUCGACAGCAAUGUUAAGCUAAUACCUAGGUUUCGCUAGCAGAAAACACGUGGUUUCUUGAGACUUAAAACAGUGUACUGCGUAAUGUAGAAUGAUGAAUAUCUCGAUAACUCCAAUAUAUUAGAAAAAAAGGAAAAACAGAAAAUGAAAUUAUAUUUGAUUUGUCUGUAAAUGCAAAACUUCGAUAAAUUUUUUUUCCUUUAAAAACAACAAAAUGUAUGAAAUCGGCUUGUCCGGCUAACGGUACUCAUGCAUGACCAAAGUUUGAUAACGUUAUUCGGCAAAGUGCUCAUACCACUUCAUAAAGGACAGGCUAUAACUUUAGAAAUGGCGUGUUUUGUUGUCGUUGAGGUGUAUAGCGUAGUUUCCUAAAGCAGGAAAGCAUCUCGUCUUAUGAUUGCUAGUUUAGUCAUCCAGCAGAUAUUUUAUUACUAGUGCUAUUCGCUCAUGUAGAUUUUGUUUUUUGAUGUAAAUUUGUGCCAAUAACACACUCAUUCAAGUUUGUUUCGCACAUCAUAAGCACAAGUACAAGUGAGCUAUGUUUAUUCUUUAGAUAAGUUUUCUUUGCAGUAUAAAGUUUUCUUGAAAAAGCUUAUUAGAUGCCAUGAAAGGAUGUCAUCGCGUUACCAUAACUUUGAUCUGUAGAUAAACAACCAAACCCUUAAUUAAAAUUUCGAUCUGAUAUUUCAAAAGCCCUACGUUAUAGCUGAAACCAUCCACUCGACACUCUCAUCAAUAUCAUCUACAUUUAGAGAAAAUCAGAGCUCUUCAACUGCCACUGAAAAAAACUUCCAUUUUUGGUCAUCGCGUUACCGACCGUAUAAACGCUAUAGUAUUUGAAUAAUAAGUAGUAACCCGAAACUUUUUACGCCAUUUAUAGAAGCCAUCGAGAUGUAAUAAAAUAAUACGAUAUUUACUUUUACUCUUGUCCACAAAUGUGACAAAAUAAACAUUGACGCUGAAAAUAUGUCAUCGCGUUACUUGCGGACAGGCCGAAAUAUAGAAAUUUUUCAAAUCUACGCGCUCGUGCUAUAAUAGCGUUUAUGAAUAGGAUUUGUCAAAUAUCUGCCGUAGCUAAGAACAAAAUGUUGGAGACUAAUGUGACUGAUAGAAAAGGAGGAAAAUUUAACAGAUUGAAGGCGAUAUUUUGUUGUGAGUAGAAUUUAUGUGAAUUAAAGUUGAAAAGACCAUUUAAAGACAAACACCUUGUGAACUUUGAAUUUAUUUGAAAUUGCUGAGAGAGAUGUUAUGUCAUCAGUUCUCUUUUCCUUCAGUUACGGGAACGCGCCAAUGGAAACUCAGAAAAACCAUUUAAUAUGCGUCCAAUUACAUUCGAGUUCUAUAAUUGGAACGCAGGGUCGAAACCAAUUGCUAGCAAACUGUCUUUUUAGUUCUUAUCAGUCUUUGAUACUUAUUGAUAUUUUGCUGUUUAUAUUUUUUAGAUCAUUUUUAUUUUAUUGCUUUCUCCUCAACAAAAACGAUGUCCAAUCCUCCUCUAGAAAUCGUUGCGUUAUACGCGGAAUAUAAUAAUUCUGAACUUGUUCAAGUACAAUCGAUGUUAAAAGCAGAUUAUCCUGAUAUAAUUCUUCAUCAUUGUUUGACAGUCAAGGAUGCUAUUAAAAAAAUAAACUCGACAAUUUCAACAUCAAUCACAGAAAUUUGUCCUCGUCCAUUUGUUGUUCUCACAAAAUUAGGUCAGACAGAUGAGGAUGCUGGUCAUAUACUAAUAAAAACAAUUCGAAAAUUUGAUAAACGAAUAUUUAUAAUCUUACAUUCACAUAAAGCAAGCAAUGAUCCCGAUCUGAGAUAUCAUUUUGCGUCUAUGGGUACAAGUAUGAUUACGGAACAUAUUACUCAGAUUCAGAAUGUUUUAAAAACGCUAAUAUCUCUAAUAAAAUUAACUGUACAUAGUUUAAAUACAUCUCAAACUUACACUUGUCCCAUUUGUCAAUGGCCAAUGAGUUUUGAUCAGUUAUAUGAUCACAUACCACUUUAUCAUACAAAUGACACAAGUAUUCGAAGUGCACAAUGUAUAAUUUGUCAACGAAAUGUUCGAAACUAUCCGGUACAUUUGAGAGAAGAUCAUACAGAAUUACAUUCGAAUAAAGCUAUUUUUAAUACAUCUGCCAAAGAAAGAGUGGCAGCACCAUUAUAUGCAUUUUCACUUGUUGUGUGCCAAAGAAAAUCGGAUCAAAAAUUUCUCGUUGUACAAGAAUCUGGUGCACAAGGAUUUUGGUUGCCUGGUGGUCGAGUUGAACUUGGUGAGCAUUUAAUUUAUGCUGCAAAGCGUGAAACAUUUGAGGAAGCUGGAGUUAAAGUUAAUAUUUGUGGUUUGUUACGUUUUGAAUAUACACCAAGUCAUAACAGCAAUCGUUUAAGAGUGAUAUUUUAUGCUGAACCCGAAAACGAGAACGAUUGUGAUGCUAAAACAAUUCCAGAUUAUGAAAGUUAUAUGUUGCACGAUUUAUCUUUUCCUAGCUAUGGUGCCAUGUGGGUAACAUAUGAACAAAUCGAAGAAUGCUCAAAUAAAGGUCAAUUACGUAGUCAAGAACCACUGAAAUGGUUUCUUUAUAUUAAAAACGGUGGUCUUAUCCAUCCAUUAAGUAUUUUGAAUAAAGAAUAA